GGUUGCUGCCGAGGCCUUGGGAGAUUGCCCGCCGUCGCUACUGCUGUUGCAUGCAGCUUCUGAGGGAACGAGGGCGAGUCGCCUCGUGGGUGGCUCGUGGAGGCUGGACGCUGCAGCCCCGCGGCCUGAGGCACGGGUGAGGAGAAACCCUCCCCUCCGCGCGCGCGGUGAGGGGGACAGGGACGCUGAGGGGAACAGCUGCCGCCGACACCGAGACCGAGCGAGCAUCCUCAUCCUGCAGGGCGAGGGCGGGAGGACGGCUCUCCGCGGCCGGCGGGCUGAGAAUCUGACAGCUUCAGGAUACCCGUUCAGGCUUUCUACAGCAUGUCUGGCUCAGUUUGGAAUGAUGGCAUAUGGAUAUCAUCAGCAUACUAAAGUCGCUUCACUUCAAGGUGACAGCGACUUCAGAUAGAUGUUAAAUUGGAGAGAUCCCUGUGGCAUCCCACACAGAAGCAGCCAAGGAUUCAUGUUCUAUUCCCCCAUAAUUAUUGACUGCAACUGCUGAUUCAGUAAUACGCUAGAAUUUAAAAGAACCUCUAUGGGCAAUAUAUUCUGAAGAUACCUUUCUCUCAAAAAUUGGCCCUUCUGUAAUCAGUCUUUGUAGAAUAUCACCAUUUAUCAUCCAGAAAGGAACACACGAUCAGAAUCACAAAUGUCUACCACAAGACUAAAGUGUGAUAUGUUAUGUUCCUUACCAUAAGUACCCAUAAAAUGAGCUCCAUUGCAGACAGAGAUGAUGGCAGCAUUUUCGAUGGUCUCGUGGAAGAAGAUGACAAGGAUAAAGCAAAGAGAGUAUCAAGAAACAAGUCUGAAAAGAAACGCAGAGAUCAAUUUAAUAUACUCAUCAAAGAGCUGGGAUCCAUGCUUCCAGGCAAUGCUCGAAAGAUGGAUAAAUCCACUGUAUUGCAGAAAAGUAUUGACUUUUUAAGGAAGCACAAAGAAAUCACUGCCCAGUCAGAUGCCAGUGAAAUUCGACAGGACUGGAAACCCACAUUCCUUAGUAAUGAAGAAUUCACUCAGUUAAUGUUAGAGGCUCUUGAUGGUUUUUUUCUAGCAAUCAUGACAGAUGGAAGUAUAAUAUAUGUAUCAGAAAGUGUAACCCCCUUACUUGAACAUUUGCCAUCUGACCUUGUGGAUCAGAGUAUAUUUAAUUUUGUCCCUGAGGGGGAACAUUCAGAGGUUUAUAAAAUACUAUCCACACAUCUGUUGGAAAGUGAUUCAUUGACCCCAGAAUAUUUAAAAUCAAAAAAUCAACUGGAGUUCUGUUGCCAUAUGCUCCGAGGGACAAUUGACCCUAAAGAGCCACCUACAUAUGAAUAUGUAAAAUGCAUAGGAAACUUCAAAUCCUUGAGUAACAUGCCUAACUCUGCACAUAAUGGUUAUGAAGAAACCAUCCAACGACCUCAUCGGCCUUCAUAUGAAGACAGAAUUUGCUUUGUAGCUACAGUUAGGUUAGCUACACCUCAAUUUAUUAAGGAAAUGAGCACAGUAGAAGAACCCAAUGAAGAGUUCACCUCCAGGCAUAGUUUAGAAUGGAAGUUCCUUUUCUUGGAUCACAGGGCUCCACCAAUAAUAGGCUAUUUACCAUUUGAAGUGUUGGGGACAUCAGGCUACGAUUAUUAUCAUGUGGAUGACCUGGAAAAUUUGGCAAAAUGUCAUGAACAUUUAAUGCAGUAUGGGAAAGGGAAAUCCUGCUAUUACCGAUUCCUCACAAAAGGCCAGCAGUGGAUUUGGCUGCAGACUCAUUACUAUAUCACUUACCAUCAAUGGAAUUCUAGACCAGAAUUUAUUGUGUGUACACACACGGUAGUAAGUUAUGCUGAGGUUCGAGCAGAAAGACGGCGUGAACUUGGCAUAGAAGAAUCUCUGCCAGAGAUUAUAGCAGAGAAAAGUCAGGAUUCUAGUUCUGACAAUCAUAUAAACACAGUGAGUCUCAAAGAAGCAUUGGAGAGAUUUGAUCGCAGCCCCACACCUUCUGCCUCCUCUAGGAGUUCCAGGAAAUCUUCUCAUACUGCAGUUUCGGAUCCUUCAUCAACACCAACGAAGAUGACAGUGGACACCAGCACUCCUCCAAGGCAAAAUUUAUCUGCACAUGAGAAGUCUGCGCAAAGGAGAUCUUCGCUUGGUAGCCAGCCUUUAAAUUCACAAUCCGUUGGGCAGCCUCUGGCACAACCAAUGAUGACCCAGCCUGCAACUUUACAACUUCAGCAAAGCAUGUCUCAGCCAAUGCUUCAGUUUUCUGCUCAAUUAGGAGCUAUGCAACACUUAAAGGACCAAUUGGAGCAAAGAACACGAAUGAUAGAAGCGAACAUCCAUCGCCAGCAAGAGGAACUACGGAAAAUUCAGGAACAACUCCAGAUGGUUCAUGGACAAGGUCUCCAGAUGUUCUUGCAGCAAUCUCCUCCGGGGUUAAACUUUGGGUCUGUACAGCUAGCUUCUGGAAACGCAUCAACUAUUCAACAGAUCACACCAAUAAGCAUGCAAGGCCAGGUUGUUCAGACUAACCAGAUCCAAGGUGGCAUGAACAGUGGACAUGUUGGUUCUCAGCACAUGAUGCAGCAACAAUCUCUGCAAAGUACCACAGCACAGCAUAAUCAACAAAACAUUCUCAGUGGACAUAGUCAGCAGGCGUCUCUAAGCACCCAAGGCCAGAACACGCUAUCAGCCCCAUUAUACAACACUAUGGUAAUUUCCCAGCCGGCUCCAGGAAAUGUAGUCCAGCUUCCUUCAAAUCUACAGCAGACCAAUAACCAGAACGCUGCCAUCACCACAUUUGCUCAGGAUAGGCAAAUCAGGUUUUCCCAAGGCCAACAGCUGGUGACAAAAUUAGUGACUGCGCCUGUAGCAUGUGGGACAGUAAUGGUACCAAGUACCAUGUUUAUGGGGCAGGUGGUGACUGCUUAUCCGACUUUUGCUGCACAACAGCAACAGCAGCAGCAACUACAGACAUUAUCGAUACCGCCGCAGCAGCAGCAACAAGAACAGCACCAGGAGCAGCCCCAGCAGCAACUUGCUUCAGUUCAACCUCCAGCUCAGGCUCAGCUGACUCAGCAUCCUCAACAGUUUUUACAGACAUCCAGAUUACUUCAUGGAAAUCAGUCGACACAACUGAUUCUCUCUGCUGCUUUCCCACUCCAACAAAGCACUUUUGCCCAGUCGCAUCACCAGCAGUCUCAGCCACAGCCACCACAAAUGCCACGACACAGAGCUGACAGCAUGACAGAGGCUUCUAAAGUGCCACCCCAAUAGUGUGGGGGGCUUUGCUCCUGGGAGCAAGACUGGCAGUGGAAGUGCUCCGUUUGUAAUUGCACUGGAGACGGUGAGACAGGAGUCGGCAGAUUUUGCAAUGCGCAGUAUUGAAGUCCUUUUAGCUGCCUGGAAUGUAUCUGCUGAAGAAAACUGUACAACGUGCGAGGGGAUUUCCAGGAGGUGUAAAGCUUGGAAGAGAUGACGGGAAAGGGACAGGCCGACUCUUGCCAGGAAUGUAAUUGCUGUGGUUUCUGUGCUUGGCUUUUCUCCAAAGGCCAUGAGUUACUUUGUCCAGAUCAAAGUCAAAAUGUUCAGUGGACUAAAGAAGAUACUUACAAUUAAGUUUGCUCAGAUUAAGUGUUAUGAUGGACAGGCUGUUGCUACAGCUAUUUUAAGUAUCCCUGCAAUUAUGCUCCAAAGCAAAGUUGUUAUUAUUAUUAUUAUUUUCAUAUUACAGGACAGUAAAUAUUUUCAAAAUAUCGAAUGGAAUCUAUCUUCAUUGUACAGAUACUGUAAAAUACUGUGUAUAUGUCUGGUAAAAAGCAAGAGAGCAGGAUAUUUUAUAUGAUGCAUGGAACUUGGUUUGAAUAUGUUUUUCCCCAAAAUUUCACUAAAUGUUCAAACUACUGUUUUCAUCUGUUUUAUACCUGUUUGUCUUCUCCUCCAUCGUGGAAUCUGUAACCUGCAUGGUCAUUUAUUCUCACCCGUAAAUGUGGGCACAAUCUCCUGUGUGUAGUUUAUGUGUAAUGUCCAGUUUGUUCCAUGAGGUGAUAGUGUGUUCAGGUUUGUGGAAAUUUUUGCAAGUUAAAUUAUUGAUGAAAUAAUUGACUCUUUGAGCUGUGGGGGGGUUCAAGGCAUUCAAUUUCAUAAAUACCAUUUGUCAUGUAUCAUUUCAUGAAUAUAUUUUUUUCCUCUGGAAAACAAAUAGGAAUUUGCACUGCUCUGUUUUUGAUGGUUUGGAAUUGUGAUUCCCCAAAGCUGUCUUUUGAUAUAAUACAUAUUUAUGUAAAGCAUAUGGUUUAAAAUAUGAACAUGAUUUUCACAAAUGACUCAAAUAUAGGAAUAAUUUGCACAAAAUAUAUUUAAAUUUAAUAAUUGUAGGCACUUUUUAACUUCUCUGCCGUGGGAAAUGUGAUUUCGGAAUUUGUUGGAAUCUUUUUAUUCUCCUGUAAAAUGUUAACCUUUAUUUAAUCAGAGAUAAUUCAGGGUCAUUUGAAGCAGAACAAAUAACAAAACCUCCACAGUGCCUUGAUUUUGAUUCAGGUAGUAGUGCUAAACAUACUGAAUUACAUUAUCUUGAAUUUAUGAUCAUAUUUGAAGUUUUAGUUCACUAACAAAACAUGCUUCCUAGCUAAGUCUCUAUUGUAGUUGUACAUAUAAGUAUUUUAAAAACUGUACAAAUUGAGAAUUGAAAUGUUUUUAAAAUGCUGCACUUUCCUCAACCAUCCAGUAAGGGGAUAGCUGCAGUGCAAUUACUCACAUUCCACAGUUUGAAAUUAUGCACCUAAUUUUUUUCUAAAUUUAUGCCAAAACAUAUAUGUGAGUAACAACACAACUAACCUGUAAAGCAAUUUAAAUUGAGUUAUCUGAAAUGAGGUGGAAUACCUAAAUAAGACAUAAAGGGAUAAACAUGGCAUUAAGACUUCAGAUGACAAAUUCACUUCAUAAAGAUAAUAAAAAGAUCCAACUGAAAUUCUGUACAGAUUUUUAAAAAAUGUUUUAAUAUAUUUUAUGGUACUAGUUUUAAAAUCCACGUCUGCAGAGCAAAAUAAGUUUGAAGAGACUUAAUUGGGUAUCUAAAAGGGAAAAAAAAAGUGCAGGAAUGUCUGAAUCAAGAAAGAUUGGGUAAUAAGGAGGAGCUUUAUUAAUGUAACCAAAGUUAUAGUGAAAGCCGCAAAGAAUGUAGUGCUGGUUGGACAAAGCGACAUCUUGGUAGAAAAUACCAAAUGUUUAUCCUAAGGUUAAUUUGGAUGCUGUUCAGGUACCAUGCUAAACUAUCAGCUUAUCUUAGUUGUAAAUGUGCCCUUGCACAUCUACUGACUAUUUUCUAAGUGGUAGAUAAAUUGAGCAUAACAUUCAUAUGCAAGAUUCUGCUUUCAUCUGUCUUGAAGAAAUCAGAGAAUGAAGCCAUCGUUGGUGUAAAUGCCACUCGUGGCUUUAUUUCUUGGUUUUUGUGGGAAAGAUGCUAGGCUUGCCCACAAUGUGGGUUGACCCUAGCCACAUUUAUGACCGCAUCGGUAGAUGUGCUUGAGCAUGUUUGUUACUAAGGCAGGCAUAUGGUUUAAUGUGAUAUGUGAACAGCUCCUUCAAGUUUUUUCCCCCAUUGCUGUAGCCUUAUAUGGUUCCAAUUCCCCCCUGCCCCACAUGCAUCAUUCAACAGUUUUAAUAGUGUGUACCGUAAUCAAUUUUUUAAGAUUUAUUUUUAAAGAAUCAAAGAACCAAAGAAUUGGAUUAAUCCUAUUCCCUCUUGGCAAAUACUGGAAACCAGUGGGUAGCUUACAUAGGAAACUACGUAGCAUUAUUAUCUACAUACAUAAGAAGUGUGGAAAUAGUUCUAUGAAUUUAAUUGCAAAUAAUUCUGUUCUGCCGUAACUUGUUUGUUGUAAUCCCAAGCCUGGCUGUGUUGAACAAAAACCUUUGUAUGUAGUAAAUGAUUGUCUAGUUGGGCUUGAAGCUUAUUUAGAUUAUUAUUAUAGCAUUAAAUGAGAAAAUUGGGAGGGCUUUGGAAUUGCUUUAUAGAUCAGGGUUUUAGCCUAAGAAUGCAGUGCAAUAUGGGCAGUUUAUUUGGUAUAGAUUUCCUUUGUAAUUUUUUAUUGUGGAAGAACGCAACUACAGUAUCAGUAGAUGUGACAUGUAUUUUUGGAGGUUAUAUAAAAGGUGAGCUAAUGGAAGAAAAGUAGUAAGAAAGUAAAAAGCAAAUACUAAAGAUUUUUUGUUUCUACAGCACUCCAGACAUAUACUUCAACGAAACAAAAAUAUUUUUAGAAGGUAUGUUGGCAUUUCUGAUUAUUUUCUCGCUGACGACUUUGUCUGAAGAUCUUUUGCUUCUGUGGAGUAUCAAUGUGCCCUAAAUAGUGAAAAGAUCCAGCUUUUUCUCUUAAUGACAAGUUUGUCAUUAAGUUUCUCAAGGCUAAUAACUAAUAGCCUUGGUGUUUCUCACUUUUAACUUUUAAUCUCAGAAAUUGUUUGUAAGCGUGGUUAUUCCACCAUCUGUAAUUUAGUAUGGCCAAAUGUCUCUGCUGGGGAAGGCAGGGUGGGCGGAGUGGGCGCGAGGAGCUGGGAGUUCACGUUGUGGGUAUUGCACUUAACCUAAAGCAGGGGUGGGCAACCUGUACAGGGUCAGGGACCACACUACAGCUUCCUGACCUCCCGGAGAGCGGCAGGAGGCCUUCCGUUGACAUGGAGGAAUGUCGGCCUUUGGAGGGGCAGCGUUUGAGUGGGAAGUGGGAACAGGAGACCUCCGGGAGGCACUUUCCCUUCCCACAAUCAAACUCUAAGGCAGUGCCAAAAUGUAUUCGUUUUGUGGCCAGUUCUUGGCAGUGCAAUUUUGGCCCCUUUUUCAGGGUGGUCAGGUAGUGUGAAGGGUGGGAAUGGGAACAUUUUGCUUCCAUUCCCAUUCUUAUUUUUUAUUUUUUUUUGGGGGGGGGGGAGGAGAAAAGAAAGGAAAACUUGUUUUGGCAAAAUCAGGUCAUUUUGCCACUGAAUCCCAGCAGUGCAGUUGCAGAGAGGUUUCGAGUGGGUUCCUGGGUGUGGCAAGAUGCCAACCUCUGCGUAGAAGCAACGGUUGAAUAGUUGAACAAGGGAUAGGAAGCCUGAGAAGGUGCUGCUGAAAGGGAGUUUAGGUUUGCUUACGUUUGUGGGGUUGGGAGGGAAAGGAAGACUCCAAGAUGAGCUUCUAGGAAUUCUAGAGGGAAUCGUAUGUGUGUGUAUAUAUAUAUAUAUAUAUAAUUUAUCAGCACAAAUAAAAAAAAGACAAAUAUAACAAAGG